AUUUCAAUUCGAGUUCGCAAGACCGGCUGGAAGAACCAUGAUCAUUUGACCGCCUUGGCGCUGGUAUGCUGCCUCCUCCUUCCCUGUGCCUCAAAAAUGCGGCUUCUACCUCACCAAAAUAUCUUAGAGAUAUUAACAAAUCAUUCCUGCAGUUUGGCCUCACCGGCUUUGUGAUAGACGACCUUGUCGGGGUUUUGGCGGGAGCAUAUGGCUGGAACAUCACCAUUGUCCCCAUGGACAAAUUGACGAUUUCUUUGAAAGUCUUAUUUUCAUCCCAAUGGUUCUUCUGUCUAGCGGUAGCAGCCUUUCGUCUGGCCAUUUUGUGUCUGUACUUGGAACUAUUCCGGGGCGACUGGUUCCGCCGGUGCACAAUCGCAACAAUGGCGCUGGUUACGCUCUACUGGAUCGCAUCGGUGUUGACGAUCGCUCUAUUCUGCCGGCCUAUAAAUGCCAACUGGGAUAUCACCGUAAGUAGGACAUGCGGGGACAUAACCAAGGUGGAAUUUGCCUCAGGGAGUUUCAAUCUCACGGUCGACCUGUUGAUCGUUUCAUUACCGAUGCCGGUUGUGUGGGGCUUAAACAUGCCCAAGGAGAAGAAAAUUGGUGUCACUACGGCCUUUCUACUGGGUUUGAUAACAGCUGGUGUGAACAUUGAACGGAUUAUCCAAACGAAGACAUGCGACGGGGCCAAUAUAACAUAUUGCGCACUGGAUGCGUCGAUACUGUGCAUGGCCGAAAUCACCUGCGGCAUUAUGGUAUCCUGUGCACCGACCUUGGGCGCGCUCUUCUUCCGGUCCCGCGUCCAGAUCGCCAAGCCUCCCGAGGUGGCUCGGCGAGGCCUCAGAACCUUUGGGUCUAUUGGGCGAUCUUUGUCACGUCGGAAGCAGCGUGUUGAUACUGUCGCGCUGCUCGGUUCACUAGACGAUGAGCUCGAACGGGGUGGUGAAGGCAUCCGCCCCCAGCAGAUGACACAUCUUACUUCUCCAGGUGUUUUUUACCAGACCAACCCGAGUCAAAUUACGAUGCCAAAUAGCUUGUUGGGUGUGCAAAACGUUUCUGCAGAAAUGUUGGUGUAGUCGAGUGAUGAAUCUUUCAUUGAGAUCUCCCGCUGCAUAUAUUCUUCCUGUUCACUUAGGUCGCCGACAGGGAUACUGGAAUGGUACCCUUACAUGGUAGUGUAUAUAUGUCUACCAGACCUAUUUGUUCCCGAUGAGAAAUAGAAGAGUUAAAUGCUCGGUGGCAAUGUGGUGAUGAUUGUAGUGUAAUGAAAAGAUAGAAGGCGAAAGAAAGUUAGAACGAUCGGCAGGCUAUUUUAUGCCCGUAACGGGACAGCAGUGGAACUAAACUGGGUAGAGAUGAGCUUAUCUGAAUAAACCUCUCAGGUACCAGUAAUGAGAUGAUUUC